GAUUCGGAUCGAUUCUGUGAGCUGUCAUUUUUUGAGCAUUUAUCAGUAAUUUUUGCUAAUAAUUUUAAUUAUUAUUGCAUUUAAAAGUUAAAAAAUAACACAAUCAAAUAACUUAAAAUGGCUGAUCCCAAAUACGCCACACUACCUGGCAUUGCCUACGACCAACCCGAUGUUUAUGAAACAAACGAUCUGCCUGAGGCCGACAGAAACACUGACAUUUAUGAAGAGGAAUCGCAAUCUAUAGAACGUCUACACAUCUCUCCUACUGAUGCUUUCUCGAAGUUCAAGGAUAAACAUGUUAGCGCAAUGAAAGUAGAUUUCUCCGAUCGUCUCAGCAAAAAUAAAAAGACUGGCUAUGAUGCAAGAUCCGGAGAUUGGGAACUGGCAGGUUAUGGUAAUAAUGAAACCGUUCUGCAGAAGUAUCAGCGACUCCAGUGUGAGAUGAAGGACCUUAUGGAUGAGAUAAAUAGCUUGAAGGAAAAGGCGAAAGAAGAUGCAAAAAACGAGAGCACACCUUACAGCAAUUACUCCAAUCAUUGGAGAACAUGCGGGAUCAGUUAUCAUCAGCAUGAAUUUACAGCAAAUGUUAGGCAAAGAGAUUAUCAGAAAGUAAUCUCGCAUCUCUCGCAACUGCGCGCCACUAGCGAGUCACAACCGGAGAAGUCGGAUGCAUCUAAGGAUGCAGUUUUGGGAAGUGCAUCGGUGCAUUACAAACUGCAUGUGCAACCGGGCCAGGCUGCAUUGGCAUCCACUGUUAGGUUGGCCAACCUGGAGCAGCGGCUCAACAAGAUUGAGUCGGUGGUUGGAACGGGGAAUAGCGGCAAGCUGUCUCGCUUGGGCUGCGACGGAAAGUCCCUCUUAGAAAUUUCUCAGUCACUGGCAGCCCGUGCUUCGCUCCUGGACGCACAAUUGCUAGACGCGGCUGAAGCCAGGUGUCAGUCGCUCAAUGUGCAGAUGGAUCAGAUCAAGGAGAAGUCAGCGGCUGUCACCGGGGGUCAGCCAGUCGAUGAGGAGAAGGAGAAGAAGAUCGCCACCCUGUAUGAUCUUGCCAAGGAGACUUCUCAAAUUUCCAAAAUUCUGCCUCAGACUUUGGAUCGUAUGGCUGCCCUUCAAUCACUCCACCAGCAGAGUGCAGAUUACACGCAAUCCUUGACUGAACUGGAGGCGAUCCAAGCGCGACUGGCGGCAACAGCUGAAAGCAACACGGAUCUCUUAAAGAAAGUUGAGUCGACACUAGUUGAUGAUCUGGCCAACAUACAGGCCAACAUAAAAAGCCUCGAGACCAGGAUGAAUAGUCUUUGUGUGUCGAAAAAAUGAAGAGAAAAUGUGCGACCGCGUAAAAGUAACCUUAGAUUAAGUUUGUGUCAAACUGUCACCCUGUUACUUUAAUUGAUUAUUAUUUAUUUCGAAAUAUACAUUUUCAACCCUG